AAUCAUAGUAUAUCAUUUGAUAGAUAUUUCGGCACUAUGGGUAAUAUUUUUAAUAAGGAAAGACGGUUUAAAGAGAAAUUCGCCAAAAGGGCAUUUUAUGCAGAGCGUUUUUUUCUGAUUUUUUUCUAUCUUUUUUGUCUUUUUGUAUUACUUUACUUUCUUUCUUCUUCUUUUUUCUUUUCUUCUAUUUUUAUUGAAUUCUACCUUUUCUUUUUUUUUCUUCUUCUUCUUCUUUUUAUUAUAUCAUUAUUUCAUUGAUUUGAAUCAAACUUAUACAAUGUACUACCUUGACAACAAAAAUGAUCCUCCUCCAACAACCAUAAAUACGCAAAAUAAUAAUAAUAAUAAUAACAAUAAUGGUCAUCCUUUAUUUAGUCAAUCUUUUGAUCCUUCAACGUUACAUCAACAACAUUCUUUGGAUACUGGUUAUUCCUUUCUUAAUUUUGACAAUGACGCACACAAUCUUCCUUCGUCGACUUUUUAUAAUGACGACCCAUCAUCUUCCCUAGGACACGAUUCUUUGCUGGCUCAAGAUUGGAAUGGGAUACAUGAUUCUACUUUUGAUAAUCAUUCACAGCAAAUGUUUCUUCCUCUGACUUCUCACGACCAACCCUAUAAUGAACACGAUAACAAACAAGAUGGUACCAACUUUUUCUUAUCAUUGACUGACCAAGAACAACAAGCUAUUUUGAUGUCUGAACCCAACUUUUUACGACAACAGCAUCUUCUUCAAGACAAUAUGAUGAAGAUGAAAGAACAAGAACUUCAAACAAAAGACAAUGGCGGAGGUGAAACUGGCACUCCUGUACGUUCCAACCUUUCUGCUAUGUUUGAUCAAACAGAAAAUCAUUCCGAUUUGUCAUCAUCUAUACCACUACAUACCACUACAUCGAAUGAAUUUCAUCAUUAUCAACAACAUCAUCUUCAACAACCAAUGCAAUCCGGUGCUUCUUUUCAUGAGAACCAAACGACGCAAGCUGAACGACAACAACAGCAACAACAGCAGCAGCAACAACAACAAGAACAACAACAAGAACAACAACAGCAACAAGAACAACAGCAACAGCAACAACAACAACAACAUCAUCAUCAUCAUCAGCAGCAGCAGCAGCAGCAACAACAACAACAACAACAACAACAACAACAGCAACAACAACAGCAACAGCAACAGCAAAAACAACAGCAACAGCAGCAGCAACAGCAGCAGCGACAACAUCCAUAUCCAACAAUUUCAGCUGUCAAACCAUCAUCAUCUACGGGCAAGGCUUCUCGAAAGGAAACGAAUCGGCGAUCUCAACAAGGAAGUAGUGCACGUGGUGUUAGCGGCAACAGCAACAGGACAAAUCCUAUUCCUAUCUCAUCCAACAGUAGCGGACAUAGUGGUUCUAUCACCAAACAUUCAUCUUCUGUACCAACUGAAAUUGAUCAUCAAAGGCGAUUCAAUGAACUUCAAGCCCGUUUCAGAGUUAAUUAUGCUCGCAAACCGAAUACAGGAAAUGCAUCUUCUUCAACAACAUCAUCAUUAUCACAUCAACAACAACAAAAAAUGACCAUUCAAUCAUCUUCUCCAUCGUCUACAAUUACUGGUGCAAAAAUGGGUUCUUCUUUUUCCAAUGUUUCAGGUGCAUUUGGAGGUCAUUCUGCCCAUAGCUUUGGCUCAGCUGUAUAUGGUUCUUCUGUUCCUACUUCAUUGGAAAAAGAUCACAUGGAUUCUAGUAUGGUUGGCAAUAUUAGUGAAAAGGAUACUACCCGAUCAAACAAUAACACUAGAUCAUCAUCUACCACUACGUCAACAACAUCAAAAGGCGUGCCUAUUCCAGGUGACAACAAAAAUACCUCGGCUUCCGGUAUGAAACAAGCCUCCUCAUUCCCUUCACGUACCAUGCCUAUUCAAAUUCAAAGAGUGCAUCGAGCCAACGCCAAUCAGCCUAUGGAUGCCGAACAACAUCAAAAAAGAUUGGAUGAUCAACUUGUCAAAGUUAAUUUUGAUGAUAUUACUGUGUCAGAACUGAAGGAAAUGUUACGACAACGUGGGAAACCAGCAACAGGCAAAAAAGCUAUAUUACUUCAACGACUUUUGGAAGAAAGAGAUAUGAUUAGGGCGGUACGAGGAGGUAGGAUCAGCCAUCGACAUUCGCAACCGCCACCACCAACGACUCCUAAUAUGUCAGCAGAUCAAUCUGGCUUCGAUAUCGCAGCAUCUUCACGACCACGCUCAUACCAAGGUUCUUCACCUAUGUUCUCUCAUACCAAUUUAUCACCUCAUUCACCUUUACUUGAAAGUCCAUCCUCUGUACCCAAUUCAUCUAUGUAUUUAUCAAGUUCACCAGGAUCCGUUACCUUAUCUUUGAAUCGUUCUAUUGCCAAUAUGCAUAUUGGAUCUCCUCCAAUGUCAUCUCAACAUGUUAGGCGCUUCUCUCCUUAUGGUACUCCUGGAUCUCCUAGACUUGGAUCUUCACCUAAAAUUCAAAAACAAGCCUAUUCUUCUUCCAUGCCAAACAACUAUCUUUCAUCUUCACCAAACAACAGUAUGGAUAUACCAUUCACCAACAAUGAUGGAUUUAUGAAUAUAGGAUCUUCACCAGUGACACCAGGUCCACCCAAUUCAAUGUCAUCUUCAUCUCGCAACACACGUCUCUAUGGAAGUCAAGGUUGGAAUUAUCGGCAAAAGUCAUAUGCACCUUUCACUUCCUCCGCUUUGGCAACACCUGACCGUGACGAUGACGAUGAUCCUUUUGACGUCAUGGCAAGACAAGAAAAUCCGAAUAUGGACGAGUUAGGUGAUGAUCAACAACAAAGGGACCAAUCAUUAUAUGAUGACCUAUUACAAUUACAACAACAUCAGAUGCAACAAGAACAUCGUCAUUAUCAUGAUCCACAUUCGAAUGAAAUGGAAACCGACAAUAAUAAUAAUAAUAUGAAAUUGGAAACAAUGGAAUGGAUGAAUCAUUCUUCGAUAGGAAAUGAUAUAUCACUGAAUAACCUACUACAAGAAUUACCAGAAGGUGUAUCUGCAGAACAAUUCAUGACAUGGUUUUCCGCUAUGAAUGAACAAGGUGGUGGACUUGAUCAAUUCAAUUUGACGAUGGAACCUAUAAAAUUGGAAACAUUGGAUAUGUCUGAUCUUGCAGGAAUGAUGGCAAUGGAUACCAACAAUCACUACCAUAAUCCACAACAAGAACAACAACAACAACAACAACAGCAUGACGAAACGAAUCAAUCUUGAUUUAGUUGGUUAAGGAACUUGUGCCUUUUUUUUUAUUGUAUUAUAUCUUUCUCUUUCUCUCUCUCUCUUUUUUUUUCUUUACUUUUUUUUUUUUUUUUAUUUAUAUAUAUAGAAAUCUCCCCUCUUUUUUCUUUUGUAAUAAAUUUUUAACUUUUUUCUAUCUCCGUUUUUUCAUUUUUCUUUCUUUCUAUUAUUUAUUUUGUGAUGAAACGAAUCACUUUGAUUACUAUAGUCACAUUUUCUUUCCUGGUUUUCUCUUGUAGCUUUUGGUUUAUUUAUUUUGGACAACAUGAUAUUAUACGACAAAGAUUCACUAUUGAUAAUAAAGUAUUGGACAAUGAUAUAAAAUGGCAGGGGUUGGAUAUGUCACAAGCUGGAGGUGUUAUUAUGGAGCAUAUGGGCAAUGCAACUGCAAAGUAAAAAUAAAAAAAAAUAAAAAGAUGAAUAUAACUAAGAAUACUUAUCUUUUUUUUUUCU